UAACACGGAUACACACUCCGAGCUUCCCUCGCCAGCAGUCUUCCUCAGUAACGGGACAAGUUUAAACCUCUGGAUACCAUCUUCCUCUCUGGGCUCUGCUUUUCUCGGGUCCACGUGAAUAUCGCGACCCGGACUGAGGUCGUUGAUGCUGCUAAAAGGAUGAUGAUGAGGAUAAUGGAAGGAGGCCACGGUGGAAGGUGUAGCCCUCGCUAGAACCUCACGUUCUCCCCUGAUUCCCCCCCCUGGCAUCGCCCUCCACUGCUGCCCCCCCCCCCCCCCCCUGCACCUGAGCACCAUGGCCAACCACCUGGAGCUGAUCCAGGAGCUGCAGCAGCUGGACAAGGUGCCCAGCCUGGAGAGGCUGCGGGCGGCGCAGAAGCGUCGUACCCAGCAGCUCAAGAGAUGGGCCGUCUAUGAGAAGGAGAUGCAGAACAAGAAGCGAAAGGCAGACAAGAAGGGACGCAACGCCAACAACCUCCACCAGUCCGAGUCCAGGAGACACGUGUCGUUCGCUGCCAGCGUGGCGCUUCUGGAGGCGUCGGCCAGGAACGAUCCAGAUGAAGUUCGUUACCUGCUGAGAAACAACGUGAGUCCGGACCUCUGCAACGAAGACGGUCUCACCGCCCUGCAUCAGUGUUGCAUAGACAACUAUGAGGAGAUGGUGAAGAUCCUGCUGGACCGAGGAGCCACCGUCAACGCUCAGGACAACGAACUGUGGACGCCGCUGCACGCUGCUGCUACCUGCGGCCACGCAGGACUCGUCAAGAUACUUAUUGCACACGGUGCAGAUCUGCUGGCUGUCAACUCUGAUGGUAACAUGCCCUACGACCUCUGUGAGGACGACCCGACACUGGACAUCAUCGAGACGGCCAUGGCCAACAGAGUAUACACCCGUGUGGCCAAAUACCCCUCAAACACAGUAAUUAAAUUUGCAGAUGACACGCCGCUGGUGGGCCUGAUGACAGACGGAGAUGAGGCGGCUACAGAGCUGAAGCCUCCGUUAAGUUUAGCAGCUGCACCUGAUGGCAGCAGCAUCCUGGAGCACCUGUCAGCUGUCUGCCUUCAUCACGGCUCCUCUGCUGCCACAGAGGCCACAGGGAAGUAA